AUGAAGAAGAAAUCGCACACCCAAAAGCACACCGGAAAUUCCAAGCGAAAAGAGUUGACAAUUCAUGGCAAAACUUAUCCAUCAGACUCGUGGACAAACGUGCCGAGUACUAUUCUUGACAAUGUAUCACGAAAAUUACACCAGCAGGACAACCAUCCAAUCUCGAUCACAAGAAAGUUGAUCGAGUCUCGCUUCCCAGGAUAUCAGCAUCACAAUGAAUUCUCUCCUGUGGUGACCGUCGGUCAAAAUUUCGACUCCUUGGGCUUCCCACUUGAUCAUCCUGGACGUUCUCGAACAGACACCUACUACAUCAACAAGGAUACUGUGCUAAGGACACACACAUCUGCACACCAGGCUGAUGUCUUCCGUGCUAACAAAAGCGACGGAUUCACCAUCUCAGCCGAUGUCUAUCGUAGAGAUGCCAUCGAUCGCUCGCAUUAUCCUGUUUUCCACCAGAUGGAAGGCGCAAUGACAUGGGAUCGCAAUGCUCUACCCGCAGGAAAGUCACUCGCGCAACAGAUAUGGGAGGAUGUGGAAAAGCUGCCCAAGCCCGACAUUGUUGUCGAAGAUCCCAACCCUACCACUCACCCCGAACGUAAUCCUCUGCAGAAGCCUCACACUCAGGAAGAAGCCGAAGCCGUCGCAGCUCAUCUCAAACGCUCUCUUGAGAAUGUCGUCGUUGAGAUCUUCUCAAAAGCCAAGGAGGCCGCAGCUGCAUCCGCCAUUGACGAAGUCCGCAAUCAAGCCCAAUCACAAGAACCACUCAAAGUCCGUUGGAUAGAGGCAUACUUCCCAUUCACUUCGCCAUCAUGGGAGCUCGAGAUCUUCUGGCAGGGAGACUGGCUCGAAGUCCUCGGUUGCGGUGUUAUCUCUCAACCACUCCUUGACAACGCUGACGCACCAUCAAGAGUUGGCUGGGCUUUCGGUAUCGGUCUUGAAAGAAUCGCUAUGCUGCUCUACGAGAUCCCUGACAUCCGUCUCUUCUGGAGCAAGGACGCUCGUUUCUUGUCUCAGUUUGAUGAGAAGAAGAUUCGUCGUUUCGUGCCCUUCUCCAAGUACCCCGCUGCACCCCGCGAUGUCGCUUUCUGGCUGCCAAAGAGCGUCGCUCAGGAUGAUGUCGUUGCUGCUACCGCCUCGAAUACAUCUUCAACACCUUCUCCUGCUGGUGGUCUCGCAUCCGAGGCAGCUGCACCAGCACUUGCAUUCCACGAGAACGACAUUAUGGAGAUCGUACGUAGUGCUGCUGGAGACUCUGUGGAAGACGUCACUCUGGUUGAUGAGUUCACCCACCCAAAGACCGGCCGCAGAAGUCUGUGCUACAGAAUCAACUACCGCAGCCUUGAAAGCACGUUGACCAAGGAGCAAGCAAACGACAUGCACGAAAAGAUCCGACAAGAGCUUGUAAGCAAGUUUGGAGUCGAACUGAGAUAG